GUUUGUCUCUUGGCUCGUGCUGCUCUGAGUCUGUGGUGCCCGGUAUUACGAACACUUCCCUGUGCCAGCUGGCAUCAGGAGAUGAAUCAGAUCGGCAGUACCAUGGCGUGGACCCCUCACUGGCCGGUUGCCUUGGGGCGAUGCCUCUGAACAAAGCGCUGGUGAUGUCUCCUACCUCUGCCCAGGCUGAGCCCUGGCAACAAAGUGCCAGCACCUUGGUCUUGCUGCUGGAGAUGACUCAGUAGCCCGCAGGGCAGGGUUGUCUCCUCUGGCCCACUCUGCCUGCAUGGGGCCUGCAGCUCCCUGUCCCUCCUGCAUGCUGGAGGUCUCAGGUGGCUUCAUCAGCUCCUCUUUGUCCACUGGAUCAUCCCUGAGUUGGGGCCAGCGCUGCUGUCACGAGGAUCCAGCUUAUCCUCCUGCUGCCAAAAAAACAGUUUUGCAGUUGAUUGGUUCCUCUCCCCCCAUGGUCAUAACCUGACAGCAGGCAGUGAAGUCACAUAAUGACAUCACAGACCUUGGUGACUCCUCCUCACAGCAAAGACACGGACAUGCCUGGUCUUCCUCUCCGUUCCCUCCUGAACAUCCUGGUGAUCUAAAUGGAGUGAUUUUGGUGACUCCUUUUCCCCUACGAGCAUCACUGAGGCUGCAGAAGUUGGCACGCUGCUUGUCAGUGCCACCUGCCUGCGUGACCUGGGCUCCAGGAGGAUAAUUUGGAUCCUCCUGCUUGCUGCAGCCCAAAGCAUCCUGAAAAAUGUCAUGGCUCCUUGACAGCUCUGGGAAAAUGGAGAGUGUCUGCCCAGAAUCUCAAGGCUUGGAAGAUGAUGAUAAUGAUGAUGAUAAUGACGAUGAAUUCAGCUACCCCUGCCACUCCACACACCCUCCACCCCAGUGCAAGAGCAACAACAGCUCAGGUGAAACUCAGGUGGAGGAUCUGGGGGAUCCCAACCCCUUUUCCAUAAAUCCCCGGCACUCUUACAUGGUGAAAGACGAAGAAGUGAAAAAUAGAAUAUAUGCCAAGAAGUUGGCUGAGCAUGCACAGGAGCUUGAGAAGGAAGCUCAGGAGUUUCAGGAACCACUUCACAAAGACAUGGAAAAUCCUAGCAGCUUGUCUAAAGAUGAGGACCACAGCUGGACCUACCACCUUCCUGUGCAUCAAAGGUCGCAUGUUCUCCGAACUGCCAGUGUGGCAUCAUGUGGCUCCUAUGACUCUUUCCAGUGUGGUGGGGGCAAGCACUCGGGGAUGGACGCCUUUGCCCCAUGGGGACAUGCCAGUGACCCUUACCUGGGGUACCCAGAGCGCACCAGGUCAGCAGAUCCACACAUGCUGCAUGAGGAGGCCAUCGGAGACAGGGAGUUCUCAUCCCUGCAGCUGACCCAUGAUAUGCUUAGCGAGGAGAACACCAUGCUCAGGAGGGUGGUCAGGAGCAUGCAGAACUCCUUGGAGACCCAGGCAUGCAUGAUGCAGAAGCUGGAGAAGCAGCUACAGGUCACCUUGGACAAAGGGAGGAGGGAAGCCCAAGAGCUACAGUCCUUUGUCGAGCAAAAGGAGUGGAGCCUCCACGUAAUGUCCCAGCGGGCUCUGGAGGCAGAACACAAUGUGGAGAAACUGAAGCAAGAGAUCUUUAUUCUCCAGGAAGAGCUGGAGAGCUGCAAGAUGGAGAAUGAAAACCUGAGAGCAGGCCAAAUGACUGACCUGGGGGCUGUGAAGGGCAACAUAGACUUCGCCUUGCAGAGCCUCCACAAGAUAAUAACAGGUGCAAACUGGUCCAUCAGACAGCUCACCUCUGGAGCAGAGUCCCUGCAUUUUGUUGCUGAGGUCCUUAAAUCUACUGGGAAAAUUUCCGAACUUGAAGCAGAAACAGAGCUAUGAGCUGAAUUUGGUGUGGGUCCUACGGAUGAGUGUAUGGACUGAAACCACUGGUCUUUCACUACAGCCUCUACUAAAACCAUUUGCUCUCAUGUGCUGCAAUAUGUGUGUUCAAAUGGUUAUGCUUUAUUCUCCAUGGAAAUACCUUUCUUGGGAUUAAGUACAAAUUGUAGAUAGUGAUGUAGUUUUAGCUGCUGGUGCUCUAUUCUGGCAGGGUGGAGCCAGCAACAAAUGUCUGCCAGGCUCUCAGCUGCAAGGUCCAGCCAUGGUGGGCUCUGCAUCUUGCCACCGUAAUUAUCAGAGGACUGGAAUACCUCUCCUAUGAGAACAGGCUGAGAGAGCUGGGGUUGUUCAGCCUGGAGAAGAGAAGACCCCAGGGAGACCUUAUUGUGGCCUUUCAGCAUUUAAAAGGGGCCUAUAAGAAAGAUGGGGUCAGACUUUUUAGCAGCGCCUGUUGUGAUAGUACAAAGGGUAAUGGUUCUAAACAAAAGAAGGGGAGAUUCAGGCUGGACAUGAGGAAGAAAUUUUUUCCAAUGAGGGUGGUGAAACAGGUUGUCCAGAGAGGUGGUAGAUGCCCCAUCCCUGGAGACAUUCAGGGCCAGGCUGGACGGGGCUCUGAGCAACCUGAUCUAGUUGAAGAUGUCCCUGCUCAUUGCAGGGGGGUUGGACUAGAUGAGCUUUGAAGGUCCCUUCCAACCCAAACUAUUCUAUGAUUCCCUUAGCUGUAACAGCCAGAAUCAGAGAUGAACACAGCCCUUGCAGUACCUGCAUUUCAUCUACUUCCUUUGCUCCUUCUCGAUGAGCUGGGUAAGGCAAGAGCAGAGAUCUGGGUGCUGCUAGACAUGGUUCCAGUGGGCAGAAUCUCCUUAGGUCUUUCUUCCUCUUCUUUUGGAGCUGGCCACCACCUGGGUCAGAAAUCUGAAGUCUCUAGCAAUUGUGAACCUGUUCCUGCAGCUGGGGUGGUAGUGGUGGUCCGAAACAUUUAGGAAGCUGUGAAGUAUCCACGUGUGAGCUGUGUCAGUGCCUUUCUCCAGUAUCAGUGUCUGUGCUGGAUAAGGAUGAGCUAGCUGGAGAGGAUGCUUUUCCUCUCCUGGCUGGAGCUGAUAUAGAAGGGUAUACCCAAAUUGCCCGCCUUUGUCACCUCCUAAAGACCUGUGGGACUCUGCAUUCCAAACUUACCACAUAAUCACUGAAGACACAUCUUACCUUUAUCCUAGUGGGACCAUCUGUGGGCAUGAAGUGACCUUUCUUCAUCAUCUGGUCAUCCCUCAACAUUUAUUUAGGUUAUUGACUGCAGUUUCUGCUGUAGGUUUACCCAGCUGCACAACAAAAUUUCCCAUAUGUGCCCAAACUGACCCUCCUCAGAGACUUGGACCUUGUAGGGCAGUGAGGGGGUGGGUGCUGGCAGAAGUCAGUGCCAAAGCACUUUUUCCUGAUGGGAAUUUUUGGGCAGCUGUUCCAUUUACAUCUAUAUGGUGAAUUGUGGACUACGAGGUUGCUCUUUUCUCCUGGUGCCAUAAUACCCCUGGCCUGAACAACCACAUUUGUGUUGCCACAGGGCUUAAACUGCCUCAGUAACCUUGGUCUCUGGAGGAGAGACUACUGGUUAAUCUUCAGCCCAGACAUGACAACAGCAGCGCUUGCACAUCAGAGAUGAUGUCUGGAUACCCUUACUUGCUGCCUUCUAGUCUCUGCUUCUAACAGGGGAAGGCUGGUGGUCACCCUGAGCCACUUGAAGCUCCAUUCUGCAACACUGACGAUGAGACAAGAAUGGUUCUCACCAGCUUUUCUCUCCCUGACAACAUCACCUGCUGUUGCUCUCUGCUGUCUGUGCAUGACCACUCACAAGCAGCUCUAAACCUUGGAUUUGACCCAGAAAUCCUUGAUUUUGCCCCAGAUAUGGCAACCACUGGUUGCUCAUAGGUGAGACUGGGAGGCAGCAAACUCGCUGGCUGUGUGUGUGUCCUGUGCUCCACACUGGCUGCUGUAAUCCAAAGGUUACAGUGCAGGAUUAGCAUGGGUGUACAAAGCCUUUCCUAAUCUGUGAGUCAUUACCCCUCACUGCAUUUCACUUCCCAGCAGCUCUGGGCAGGUGGGAUAGGGUGGCUCUUGAGUCUUCCAUUUCUCCG